AGCAAGAGCGCGUGUGUGUGUGUGAAAAAAGGAAGCGGAGUCGGUAAACGUUGAGCUCACUGAUUUCCCAUCCGCGAACUACAGUAUCUACUACUUGCACUUAAUGCUCUCAACGUCGAAAGCCGUAGCAUGGCAAACGGGGACUGAACCGAGACGUGCUUUUUGAAAAAAGGUCCCCUGGUGAUUUGUGCGAGAAUAAAUAAGCAAAGCGAGGCCGUCUUUUGUUGAGGCAAGUGCCUUUUUCCCCCUCUGUAUGGGCAUCGGCUGUUAACGGAUAAAGUGCCUGGGUGAUCUUGUUUAGCCCUGGUUCUUGGACUUGGCCCAGGCAAGGGAGAAGGUUCGCCGGGGUCAGUUCGGAGCAGCUGCUGGGAUUGUGUUUGAAGGUGUUUGCAGCAGUCUGUUGGAAUUUAAAGAUUAUCAGACUGGCGGCUCUUGUGAAACUCUGGGGUCGUUGGCGAGGCUGAAUUCUUCCUGGAUCUGAGCGGUAAAUUCAGAAGACUGAAGCCCAGGCUCACCGUCUACCUUUCACGGAGGCCCAGCCGUGAGAGGACGGAGGAAGGCACCUGGCGAAUCAUGAGCGCCGACAAGGAGAAGGACAAGGAGCGCGAGCGCGAGCGGCGGGAGAAGGCCCGCGAGAGCGAGAGCUCGCGGCCCCGCCGCAGCUGCACCCUGGAGGGCGGAGCCAGGAACUACGCCGAGAGCGACCACAGCGAGGACGAGGACAACGACGCGGCCAGCGCCACCACCGAGGAGUCCUCCAAGAAGGGCAAGAAGAAGACGCCCAAGAAGAAGUCGCGCUACGAGCGCACCGAGAACGGGGAGAUCACCUCCUUCGUCACCGAGGACGACGUCGUUUACAGGCCCGGCGAUUGUGUGUACAUUGAGAGCCGGCGACCCAACACACCCUACUUCAUUUGUAGCAUUCAGGAUUUCAAACUGAGCAAACGAGACCAUCUGCUGAUGAGUGUGAAAUGGUACUACCGCCAGUCCGAGGUCCCAGACUCCGUAUACCAGCACCUGGUGCAGGACCGGAACAACGAGAACGACUCUGGCCGGGAGCUGGUCAUCACUGAUCCGGUGGUGAAGAGCCGGGAGCUGUUCAUCUCUGACUACGUGGACACCUACCAUGCUGCUGCUCUCAGGGGGAAGUGCAGCAUCGCCCAUUUCUCCGACAUAUUCGUCGCUCGGGAGUUCAGGGCGCGCGUGGACUCCUUCUUCUACAUCCUGGGCUACAACCCCGAAACCAGGCGCCUAAACAGCACGCAGGGGGAGAUCAGAGUGGGCCCCAGUCACCAGGCGAAGCUUCCGGAGCUCCAGCCCUUCCCGUCUCCGGGGGGCCAGCCGGUGACGGAGAAGGAGGAGCUGGUGUGGACCCCCGGGGUCAACGACUGCGACCUGCUGAUGUACCUGCGAGCGGCCAGGAGCAUGGCCGCGUUCGCCGGGAUGUGCGAUGGAGGGUCCACGGAGGACGGGUGCUUGGCUGCUUCCAGAGACGACACUACAUUAAACGCACUAAACACUCUACACGAGAGUAACUACGACGCGGGGAAGGCCCUCCAGAGGCUGGUGAAGAAGCCGGUGCCCAAGCUGGUGGAGAAGUGCUGGUCUGAGGAGGAAGUGAAGCGGUUCAUUAAAGGGCUGAGGCAGUACGGGAAGAACUUCUUCAGGAUUCGGAAAGAGCUGCUGCCCAACAAGGAGACGGGCGAGCUGAUCACCUUCUACUACUACUGGAAGAAGACGCCCGAGGCGGCCAGCUCCCGCGCUCACCGCCGUCACCGCCGGCAACCCGUCUUCCGUCGAAUCAAGACCCGCACCGCCUCCACCCCCGUCAACACCCCGUCCCGGCCCCCCUCCAGCGAGUUCCUGGACCUGAGCUCGGCCAGCGAGGAUGACUUCGACAGCGAGGACAGCGAGCAGGAGCUGAAGGGCUACGCCUGCCGCCACUGCUUCAGCACCAACUCUAAGGACUGGCACCACGGGGGCCGGGAGAACAUCCUGCUGUGCACCGACUGCCGGAUCCACUUCAAGAAGUACGGAGAGCUGCCGCCCAUCGACAAGCCCGUCGACCCCCCGCCGUUCAUGUUCAAACCCGUCAAAGAGGAAGAGGAUGGGCCCGGAGGGAAGCAUAGCAUGAGGACCCGCCGCAACAGAGCCUCGAUGUCGACUCUGAGAAGCGGGCGGAAGAAGCAGACGGCCAGCCCCGAUGGCCGCGCGUCGCCCGGCAACGAGGACCUGCGCUCCAGCGGCCGCACCUCCCCCAGCGCGGCCAGCACCUCCAGCACAGACAGCAAGGCCGAGCCGCUGAAGAAGCCCAGCAAGAAGAUCAAAGAGGAGGUUCCCUCGCCCAUGAAGAGCGGCAAACGGCAGCGGGAGAAAGGAACCUCAGACACCGAGGAGCCGGAGAGGAGCUCGGCCAAGAAAUCCAAGACUCAGGAGCUGAGCAGGCCGGGUUCGCCCUCGGAGGGCGAGGGCGAGGGCGAGAGCUCGGACAGCCGCAGCGUGAACGACGAGGGCAGCAGCGACCCCAAAGACAUCGACCAGGACAACCGCAGCUCCUCCCCCAGCAUCCCCAGCCCCCGCGACAACGAGAGCGACUCGGACUCCUCCGCCCAGCACCCCGCCGGGGCCCCCGCCCAGGCCUCCGCCCCCCCGGCCCCGCCCGCCCCGCCCGUCCAGGUCUCCCCCUCCGUACCCCCGACCGCCAUGCCGCCGCAGCUGCCCCAGCCCUCGCCCCUGUCACUCAUCCAGCCAGGCCCCUCCCUCCACCCUCAGAGGCUCCCCUCCCCCGACUCGCCCCUGCAGGGCCUGACUCAGGCUCCGCCCCUGUGCCCGCCCGGCGCACAGACAAUCCCGCUGCAGCCCCUCCUGCACCCGCUGGCAGGCCCCUCCCACCUGCCCCACCCCCUGCCUCCUCAGCCCUUCUCCAUGCCCUCCCAAUCUCAGGUGGCUCCGCCCUCUGUGCUGCCGGGCCCGCCCCCCACCCCGGGGCUGUCCCUCCCCCAGGCCUCCCCCCACACGCCCACCUCCCAGCCGCCAUCUUCCUCACAGGGGCCUCCUCAGCCCCCCCGGGAGCAGCCGCUGCCCCCCGCGCCCCUGUCCAUGCCCCACAUCAAACCCCCCCCGACCACGCCCAUCCCGCACAUGCCCAACCCGCCGUCUCACAAGCACCCCCCGCACCUCUCGGCCCCGCCCUUCCCACAGAUGCCCUCCAACCUGCCCCCGCCCCCCGCGCUCAAACCGCUCAGCUCGCUCUCCACGCACCACCCGCCCUCCGCCCACCCGCCCCCCCUCCAGCUCAUGCCCCAGGGGCAGCAGCUGCAGCCCCCGCCCGCCCAGCCCCCCGUGCUCACCCAAUCCCAGAACCUCCCGGCCACGUCCAGCCACCCGCCCCCGCCCUGCCCCUCCAUCUCCUCUCAGACGCCCUUCCCCUCGCACCCCUUCAUCCCCGGCGGGGCGCCCGUGCUGCCCCCCUCCUCUGCUGCCCCCGCCUCCUCCGCCUCCCUCCCCGGCCUGCAGGCGCCGCCCCCGUCCAUCUCCACGCCCCUGCCCGCCUCCGUCAGCACCUCCACCGGAGUCCCGCCCGUUCACAUUAAGGAGGAGCCGCUGGACGAGUCGGAGGUGCCCGAGAGCCCGCCCCCUCCGCCGCGGAGCCCCUCCCCCGAGCCCACGGUGGUCAACACGCCCAGCCACGCCAGCCAAUCAGCAAGGUUCUGCAAGCACUUGGACCGCGGCUACAACUCGUGCGCUAGGACGGACCUGUACUUCACCCCCCUGCCCGGCUCCAAGCUGGCCAAGAAACGGGAGGAGGCCGUGGAGAGGGCCAAGAGAGAGGCCGAGCAGAAGGCCCGGGAGGAGAAGGAGAAAGAGAGGGAGAAGGAGAAGGAGCGAGAAAGGGAGCGGGAGAGAGAGAGGGAGGCUGACAGGGCUGCUAAAGCCAGCUCGUCUCACGACGGCCGGAUGGGCGAGCCCACCAUGGCAGGCCCCGCCCACAUGCGGCCGUCCUUCGAGCCGCCCACCACCAUCGCGGCGGUGCCCCCCUACAUCGGGCCGGACACGCCCGCCCUGCGCACCCUCAGCGAGUACGCCCGCCCCCACGUCAUGUCCCCGACCAAUCGGAACCACCCGUUCUUCGUCUCGCUGCCGGCCGACCCGCUGCUGGCCUAUCACAUGCCGGGGCUGUACAACGGCGACCCGGGCAUGCGGGAGCGGGAGCUGCGCGAACGCGAGAUGAGGGAGCGGGAGAUCCGCGAGCGGGAGCUGCGAGAGAGGAUGAAGCCCGGGUUCGAGGUCAAGCCGCCCGAGCUGGAGGGCCUGCACCCGGGCGCCAACCCCAUGGAGCACUUCGCCCGGCACGGCGCCCUCACGCUGCCCCACAUGGCGGGGCACCACCCCUUCGCCGCCUUCCACCCGGGCCUCAACCCGCUGGAGCGGGAGCGGCUGGCGCUGGCCGGGCCCCAGCUCCGCCCCGACAUGACCUACCCCGAGCGGCUGGCCGCCGAGCGCCUCCACGCCGAGAGGAUGGCGUCCGUCGCCAACGACCCCAUCGCCCGGCUGCAGAUGUUCAACGUGACGCCGCACCACCACCAGCACUCCCACAUACACUCGCACCUCCACCUGCACCAGCAGGACCCGCUGCACCAAGGUGGUGAAUGCCUUGUGUGUCCCCCAGGUUCUGGGGCCCACCCGCUGGUGGACCCGCUCGUAGCCGGACCGCACCUGGCCCGGUUCCCCUACCCGCCCGGCAGCAUCCCCAACCCCCUGCUCGGCCAGCCGCCCCACGAGCACGAGAUGCUCCGGCACCCUGUGUUCGGCACGCCGUACCCGCGGGACCUCCCCGGCGCGCUCCCGCCCCCCAUGUCGGCGGCGCACCAGCUGCAGGCCAUGCACGCGCAGUCGGCCGAGCUGCAGAGACUCGCCAUGGAGCAGCAGUGGCUGCACGGACACCACCACAUGCACGGGGGCCCGCUGCCCGGACAGGAGGACUACUACAGCCGUCUGAAGAAAGAGAGCGACAAGCAGCUGUAGCCCGAGGAGCUCGUCUGGCAGAGCGGCGGCGGAGUGGGCGGGGCCUCUGAGACUGGACGCCUGUGAGGAACUCUACGCUGCUCUCAGAACACUUUAAACUAAGACAAAACGAGUGACUGGAGAGGAUCUUCUGAAGAUUUUUAAUUUUUUGUUUGUCUCCACCACCCAACAUACCCCAACCUCCCCGCCCGCCCCCUUUCCGGAUUCUGUACUUUUCUAUUUUGAGAGAAAUGGAAAUCAUUUGACACAUAGCGUACGCGUAGUGCCCGGAGGACAUCUUCAGACUGAUCAUGACUCCCCUUGCAUGGCGAACUCUGAAACAUGUCCCUGCAUUUCUUUUUUUUUUUUGUAGGUUCUAGAAAAACGAGUCACUUUGUCACUGUGCUUAAAUACAUAAAAGGAGAGAGAGCAGUUCAAUGUAUCCAAAAUCUUUAAAGUGCUAUCUGAAAGUCUAGUUAUUUUAAUACAGUGUAGGAAGUUUUCAUAAUUUUAAAGAAAGCUAAAAAAAAAAUCUGCAGCAUGGCUUUGAGUCUGUAAAUAAUAUAUUAUUAUUAUUAUUAUUAUUAUUAUUAGGUGUGGAUUCCUAACCAAGGCGUCAGACCUUCAACAUUAUAGUUCUAAAGCAUUAUCCCUUUAUUUCAAAGGGGAGCACAAUGGCAUUAUUUGAGCAGGAAAUGUUUUUUUUUUUUUUUAAUGGUCAGCAGCAUCACAGGGGGGUUGUGGGAUGACUGGUACAGUAUAUCUCAUCCACACGGCCCACUGAAGCGACGUCUCAGAACAGGUCUCUCCCGUGAUGCCUGGAGACCCCCUCAGUCAGGAUUGGUCGGCUGUCCCGUGCCUGUCACACGCCCCACGGUUACGCCUCUGCUCGUUCAGUUCUCAUCUGUUCUCAGUCGGUUUUUCGAAAGGAGCGUCUUUGCCCCCUAAGAUGUGGCGUUGGGCACCGGGGGGGCCCCACACUUGGACCCCGAGGGCCCCAGCCCUUAGAGAGACAAACUGCACUGUAAGGGCUCAGAUAAGGGAUCCAGGGGUGGGGUGGGGUGGGGAGGGGGGCUGUCAGUAGAUGUGUGUCCACACUUACUCUUCAAGUAUCAAGGCUCUGGGCUGAAUAAGCAAAUGCACUUUUAAACCUUGGUAAUUACCCAUAAAAAUUAUCCCCCCCCCCCAAUCAAAAGCUGAAGGUAAAAUGUGUAGGGAAAGUGUGAUAUUUAUUGAAGCAAAUAAAGGGCAAUAUCAUGAGUGCAACUGUGUGGAAUGGGGGAUAUAAAAAUCUGAUCCAGUAUUUCCUGACAAUGGGACCCUGCAGAUGAAAUUUGCAUUGGAUUCAUGUUUAUACAUUUAGUUUUUUCUUUUUUAAACAAAGGGUGUAACUUAGUGCUAAUGGGGAAAAAGGCACUUGCUCAUUGUACUUCAUCUCUUCUGUUGCUGACUCCAGUAAGAGGGCUUUUCCACAACCUGGAUCCAAUAUUUCAGUUGGUACCAUGUUCACUGUGAUGCGAGAGGUGCACCCGGACGAGGUGGAGGGGGCGGGGCCUCCUACUCAGUAGGUGGGCGGGGUCACGGGGGUGGAGCCUAACCGACUGUGUGGCCACUCCCAGCCCACAGCGUAGUAGGCUGUACAUUUGCCAUUGUAGACUGUUAUUUUUCCAGGCGUCUUCUGUCGUUGGACGGUUAUGUCGGACCUGUCAGACCAUGUAUGAUGAAUUUGUGAUUCAUGGCUGUCCCCCCCCCCCCCCCCCUCCCCCCACCUUCUGUACGCAUCCGUUUGUAUGCAUCUUCCACAAAUACACUGUUGCUGUAGAAGAAGAAUGCCACUUCCGGAGGACGUGAGCUUUAGCUGGGUUUUCCCUACGUGUAAGGUCUGCUUAAAGUGACACCAAGCUGGUUUUACUCUGAGCCAUGGUUUACCGUGAAGAGCCCAUGGUUCUGACCCGACCAGCUUCCUGUUAACGGUAGCAUUAUUUGCCCCGCCCCCCCUCAACCACCCGCCAAUUUUAAAUCCUGAAUUUUAUUCCUUCAUUUUCCUGUCUCUUUGUUCGGUACCAUGUAUUAGAAUUUUUUUUUCCUUUUAAAAACGUUUUAUUUUUACUUUUUUUGUGUAUCAAACCUAUGAUGUUAAGUGUUGUCAAUGGUUUAGCUUCUUGUUUCAAAGCAGCAAUAGCAGAAUGUAAAUUCAGACUGCUAAAAAUUUAUAUAUACCGGUAUCUUGAAGCUUAUUGUAUAUAUUAGUAGUUUGCCAUGGGAUGACACAAUGUAAACAAAUAGUAGAGAUAAUUAAGAAAAGGUGUGAGUCCUGUGUUUUCUCUCCAUUUGAGUAUUUUGUAAUUUUUUUGAAAAAUUUGUGGAGUUAAAAUAAACUUAAGUUACACCACAGAA